CAUUCGUUCAUCGUCUUUCUUUUCCACGUCAUCGCGAGCCAGCGAGCGAGCGCGCAUGCUGGCUCGCUCCACGGUGUUCGAUUCAGUCCGGUUCCGUCAUAUGUUGAAACCUCCAGAGCAGGCCGUGAAGGCGCGCAGUUCCUCACCGUCACCAAGACUUACGCCAACUGACGACAAGCGCCGCCGUGUUUUCGGCAGCCCUCCCGGUAGAGAGCAGUGGACCAGCGACGGACAACGACAAAUGUACUUUCCUCCUGGUCUCGACCAACAGCAUCAAGCCCAUGUCGGACAGCGAUGCCCGCACCACCUUCUCGAAGCACCGAGAGUGCGUGACCGCCCAAGACAUUACCGCUGUGCUGGACGACGGCCUCAAGGCGGUAUUUUGUACCUCGUGUGCGCACUUCGUCAUGCACUGCCCCAACCUCCAUUACGAAGCGUCUUCGCGACUGACGUGGACCACUGGUGCAAGCAGGCCACCGGCCAAAUUCACCCACCUGAUACUUGCUCAGUGGCGCUCCAUAAAGGAGGCCGUGGACGACCAGCGCCAGCGUCGCCGCUGCGAGUGUUCCGUAGGCUACACGCGAGGGAGGACAUUGUGAGUGCCAUCAACCGUAACCAUGUGGUGGUGAUCUGUGGCGAGACUGGAUCUGGGAAGACCACGCAGGCUGGCCAGUUCAUCUUCGAGGACUACAUUCGUGGAGGCCAAGGCUCUAGGUGCAAUAUCGUGGUCACCCAGCCAAGGAGAAUUGCAGCAAUCUCCAUGGCAAAGCAGGCGGCUCGCGAGCGGCACGAAGAGGUUGGUUAAUAUA